GGAAUCGUAAAAAUGUCCACAAUGAGGUUAGGAUUGAGGCACUAAUUAUCAAGAAAACAGAUUUUGAUGCAGUUGCUACUUCCCGGAAUCUCGAUCCUGAAGAAGCUGAAAAUCUUAAAUUUGACCAAGAGCACUCUAUCCCAGAUACUAUGGCACUUAAACACCAGCUUUUAGAAAAAUAUAACUUAUCCGCUGAGUCGACCCCGGAACAAUUAAGCAAGCAUGCCAGCGAACUUGGUGCCUCACUUCCGGAUUGGAUGGAAAGAGCAAAAUAUUGUGCUAAGACCGACGAUAAGUGGGAUAUUUUCAUUCAUGUUCGUGAUAUAGGUCCAAAAAGUAAUGACGAUAAAGAAAUUGUCACCGGUUGUUCACGGCUCUCACUAUUUCGUAACGAAUUGCGGAAGGCUGGUGUUGCUCAAGAACUUAUUGAUACUUAUGCCAAAGAUCCGAAUGUCACUACAGCUUCUAACAAAAUUCAGAAGGAACGAACCGAUCAAAUUUUAGCCGAGAAUCGGUUAAGGACUCCAAUAUAUUUCUCCAUAGCAAGGCUGACCCUUCAAAUCCUCCAGUAUGGUAUGAAAACGGUUAUUCUUGGUAUUGUACUGGAUAUGCUAAGAAUAAAGAAGGAUCCGGAACGUGCAAGAACACUACUCAUCUGGAUUCAAGAGGCUAUAAAGGCUGGAAAGUUGCGUGAUCCCACCUUUAGUGAAAAUGGAAAGUGCAACACUAGAGCAUUUAGCAACUUCCUGGAGCUUCAUAGAAUCACGCGUGAGUCAGCUAAAAAUCAAGUUCUGGCUGCUACUUCUGUAGAUUCGAAAUUAACAUGUGACAAAAAAACCGUUACCAAUGGUAACGAUCAAGAUUUGAAAUUAUCACUUAGCAUAGGCGACAAUAUCUCUGCUCCAUCAUCCAUUGAGGACAACUUAUAA